UCUUAUUGGAAUAUUUUCAUUUCUAACGAAUUCAAUGGCAGAUUUUUUCAAAGGUGUAAUGUUUGUGGCGACUACUCCAUUUCGAGUUGUAAAGGAAGUGGCAACACAUACAGUAGCUGGAGCUGCCACUGGGCUUAUCCUUGUGGGGGGGGGAAUAGCAAAACUGAUCGACGACGAUGGUGAUAUAGAUGUGGAAGAAAUUUGGAACGCAACAAAAAAAGUAACCGAAAAAGUUGUUGAUAUUUCCGUAGAUGUUGCAGUUGUCACAACUGGAGUUGCUGCAAUAGUUAGUACUGGGGGACUUGCAGCGGCAGCAGUACCUGCAGGUAUUGCUGGAAUGUGUAAAUCAGGAUCUUCACUUAACUCUUCCUUUGAAAAGGCUAUUGAUUACCCAGAAGAAGAUAUGGACCAUCUUUUAAUUGCUGUUAACACUAUUGGCCUCAUUGGAGGUUCGGCGGGACUUCUCUCCAAAGCAGCGAAAGCUUCUUCAACUACAAAAAUCGUUCUUGAAGCUGUUAGUGAUGGCACGAAACUUGGAACGUUGCCAUUCAAAAAUCCAGUCCUUAAGUUCACACCAGAAUAUGUCAAAAAAGUUAAGCAAAUGGACGAUGCUGAAUUAGCUGAAGAAGCAGCUAAAUUUGGCUUGACUGUCGCAAAUUUCUUGCUUCAAAUGGAAAAGGCAAUUUCAAUCUUAGACUCUUUUUAAAGAAAAAAAGUUACUUUUGAUCACUUAAAAUUUACAGUUUGUUAUGUUUGUAUGUAUCUAACAUCGAUUUUUCAUGCCAUUAUGAACCAAAAAUUAAACCAAACUUAUGAGAUCAUCAAUUGUACCUUCACACC